UAGGUCGAGUGAAUUGAGGUGGAGGCAGCUACGUGAAAGGAAUUGUUUUGAGAAACCAAAGAAAGUACGUGAAUUAAUUUUGUUGCGCUUUUGCUUACGACUCGACUGGUUUGUGGAAACGGUUUAUUUUCGUUCUUGUUCGAGUGUGUGUGCUUCGUCAGUCCCCGGUGCCUGUUCUCGUUGGAGUGAACACAAAGGGGGACUCCAUGAAAGAUGACGGAGGAGGUGACAGUUGUAGCCAAGUGGGACUACACGGCCCAGCAGGACCAGGAACUUGACAUCCGGAAGAAUGAUCGGCUUACUCUGCUGGACGACAGCAAGACGUGGUGGAGGGUGAGGAACGCCUCAAACCAGACCGGCUAUGUCCCCUCCAACUACGUAGAGCGCAAGAACAGCCUGGUGAAGAAGGCCUCUCUGGUCAAGAACCUCAAAGACACACUGGGACUGGGUAAGGGCAGAAGGAAGCAGAGUGCCAGUGACGCCUUCCCCAUGCCCAGCACAGAUGCGGAGUACCCCUCCAAUGGGAGUGGCGGAGGAGGGGCCGAGCGGGUCUACGACCUCAACAUCCUGGCUGUGGUCAAGUUCUCGUACGUGGCGGAGCGCGAGGACGAGCUGACCCUAGCCAAGGGGUCCCGGGUCACGGUGAUGGAGAAGUGCAGUGACGGUUGGUGGCGGGGCAGCCAGGGGGGCCGUGUGGGCUGGUUCCCCUCUAACUAUGUCCUGGAGGACCCCGCAGAGGGUGAAGGGGGUAGAGGAGGAAGGGACUCCCCAGGGAGGGGCAGGGAGGCCACGAUGACCAACGGGCGGGCGGGAGGUGGUGGCAGCCGGGGUGGCGAGGGCAGUGGUGCGCUCCAGCUGGUCCAGACUCUCUACCCGUUCAGCUCAGUGACGGAGGAGGAGCUGAACUUUGAGAAAGGAGAGGUGAUGGAGGUUGUUGAGAAACCUGAGAACGACCCAGAGUGGUGGCGCUGCCGGAACACCCGCGGUCUGGUGGGCCUGGUGCCCAAAAACUACGUGCUGGUGCUGAAUGACACCAACGGGCCUCCCGGGCUCCCCGCCCUUCCGCUGUCGCCCCCCGGCUCCCCACAGAUCGGUCAUGUGGCCCCGGCGUGCGAGGGCAAGUUUGCAGGCAGGGACUGGUACUACGGAGGGGUGACCAGACACCAAGCAGAGCUGGUCCUCAACGAGAGAGGAGAGGAGGGGGACUUCCUCAUACGUGACAGCGAGUCAUCGCCCAGUGAUUUCUCUGUGUCUCUGAAGGCGCCUGGGAAGAACAAGCACUUCAAGGUGCAGUGUUCAGAGGAGGUCUACUGUAUUGGCCAGCGCAAGUUUAGCUCCAUAGAUGAACUGGUGGAACACUACAAGAAAGCACCCAUCUUCACCAGCGAACAAGGAGACAAGCUCUACCUGGUCAAACCGCUGCCCGCACCCCAGCUAUCCUCAACAUGCUGAACUUGAGGAGAGACCUUACUGUCUGUUUUAGCCCAGUCACAUAGUUCGUAUUGGUCCUGUUAACUUUGUUAGUUAAAAAAAAAAAAUCAAAAUGUAAACCCUCCAGAGGUUCUGAUGAUUUCUAAAGGAAAUAAUAAGUUCACUAAGGGACCACUGUAAACACUCUUUAGAUGUUUCCUUCUUCCUUUUGCCUAAUCCUCAUCUAUCCUUCUCUUCCUCCACCUUCAUCCUCAUCUAUCCUUCUCUUCCUCCACCUUCAUCCUCAUCUAUCCUUCUCUUCCUCCACCUUCAUCCUCAUCUAUCCUUCUCUUCCUCCACCUUCAUCCUCAUCUAUCCUCUUCCUCCACCUUCAUCCUCAUCUAUCUCUCUUUUCCUCCACCUUCAUCCUCAUCUGUCCCUCUUUUCCUCCACCUUCAUCCUCAUCUGUCCCUCUUUUCCUCCACCUUCAUCCUCAUCUAUCCCUCUUUUCCUCCACCUUCAUCCUCAUCUAUCCCUCUUUUCCUCCACCUUCAUCCUCAUCUAUCCCUCUCUUCCUCCACCUUCAUCCUCAUCUAUCCCUCUCUUCCUCCACCUUCAUCCUCAUCUA